CGCUACGUUAUCAGCUUAUCUCCUACACUCGGCGUGCCAUUUCGUUCCGUUGAACGAAGCCCCGCAGUGUUUCGCUUGCUUCUGCCGAGUUUGCCACUAAAUCCACCUCCUUCUUCAGUGAAAAUUAAUAACUGUGUUCUAGUUGUGUGACACACUUGAAACUAAGCGAUGCAGAAAUACGUGAUCAGUGCCAAAUCCGUCUGAUACCUGUGUUAGGCAUUCUAUGAGUCAGAAUCGCAAGUUGAUAAAUAUUCUACUUUUAUAAUCGUCUGUGUUGACGCAAUCCCCUUCGUAUCCCAGUUUCUUAAUGUGUGUUAUUAAGUUGUCAAAGAUUCAGUGCCGGAAGAAGUGAUAUAGUGAUAACAUAAUUUAAUAACGGUGUUUUUAUUUAAUGGCUUAACUUGAUAGUGUAUAUUGUAGUAUUGAUUCCAUCAUAAGUAAAUAAUAUUAUCUAUUGUAAAGCACGACUGAUAUUCUAGAAGCGAGUGUUCAAGCAGUGUAUGAAGGUCAAGCUCGGUUAUUGUUACAUCGUUACUAUAAAUGCGUCACUUACUCCAUGUUUCUAUGUUUUUGUUUCGAAAAUAUCUCAAUGUUCUACGGAACUUCGCGGUAAUACGCUUUGCUCCAUUUACUUGAAAAUUGCUGGUUUUAUACCCUGCACUUACGUGCACAGUUGCACACGUACAACUUUCCCUGUGUCAUACUAUCAAAGUAAGCAAAUUUCGUUGCUUUAAAAUGUUGAGAUACAAUUGAAUUGUAUGUUCCCAAGUAACAGAUUCGUUAAUUUUAGUGGUCCUAAGUAAACAAUUAACAAGUUGUUGAAUUAAGCACGGUUGCCCGCCGACCCGCACACAGUGUUGAUUAUAAUACUUGUUUGUUUGAUAUACAAACAUACAGUUGUUUCCUAACACUGCCUGGGACUUGUUGUAAAGUUUACGUUACAUAGACACUAUAAAAAGAUUUAUUCAAUCUUUUUACAUUUACCAAAACUUGUUCAUUUUUCGUAAAACAAUGCACAAGAUAGCACCUGCGGCCUUGACCCAGUAUCUACAUUUUCCGUGCAUGUACUCAUGCCAUAUUUUUCCGCCUCAAGUAUCAGUAAAUGUACUUCACAUGAUUCACGUGCCCGGACUACUAAGUUGAAGAAAUAGGUUGUAAAUUAGCAAACAAUAACUUGCCUAAGGUUAUACAGAAGGUGUUAUGUGCCUCUAGGGUAUAAUAUCUACAUGUUUGUUGAUACGAGUUAUUGAACUGACAGUAUUAUCUUAUCAGCUAUAAGUAAUAAUAAAUUAUUCGAUCGGAACUCAUUGUCAGUCGAAGCUGAACAUUGCGCUCUAUUAGAGGGCUUGUUGUUAAUUGUGUUUAAAUAAUAUACAUUUGUAUUAGCAAUAUACAAAUCAGUUCACAUAAACAGUGGUCGAGACAUCUCUCUUAAUUGGUCACGUUUCGUUAGUGCCUUCUCGUUAAAUAAAAACGUUUUCUUGGAGAAUUAUUAAAACGGAUCUACUCUGUCUGCGCAGCCAUUGCAUGUCAAACAGUUGUUCAUCAAGCAACAUCUCCGACAACGUUUCUAAUUUGUACACAUUGAGUAACAAAUGGUGAUAUCAAGGGGGUUCUCGCCACAGUGUAAAAAUAAAACAUAAUGAAAGACAAAAAGAGACUAGAAGUGACAUUAAGCGUGCGUGGUGACGGUUCAUUGAGUCGAAACAAUGUCCGGAGUAGUACCAGGAGUAAUCGAAGCAAUGCAAGUAACAAUAGCAGCACACUGCCCGUAAGCGAGAUAUUCGCCACUGAUCGUUUCUCUGCGCCUUACAACAGAUCAUUUGAUAUACUCGACAAGUACCGCAGGCAACCGAAUCAAUAUGGAUAUCCAGCACAAAGCUUGCAAGCAUUAAAUCAUUACCAACAAUCCGAAAAUAAUGGAUACGCUGUUAGGGACAGAAACAACCCGUUUAUUGAUUAUACAGACUCGUCGAAGCCAUACUACCAUCAGUCACAACAGCUGCCAAACGCGAACCAAUAUCAGUAUCAGCCUGUCUACAAUGAUCCUUCAAUUCGACUGCACGGAACAUUACCACGUUCAGUCAGUCGUGUAGACCAAACAAGGAGCAACCCUUUGAGCAGUGACGACUCCUUUCGCUCCACGUUACCUCGAUCAGUGAGUCGCCUAGAUCAGCCGACAGAUAAUCGGGUUUAUAACAAUGAGCCGAUCCAGAUGCAGGGUUCCUUAUCACGAUCAAUCAGCCGUAAUGAAACACAAAGAAAUAAUUUCUAUAAUGAAGACUCGAAUCGGGUUCAUGGGUCUUUGCCCCGAUCAGCCCGAUUUGAUGACCAACGAGGUAAUCUAAUGUAUGAUCAAUCAGGUCAGUUAUAUAGCACUGUGCCUAGAUCAGUAAGUCGUCAGGAACAACAACGGGGUACUCCUAUAUAUCCUAAUACACACAAUUCGUUGCCUGCAAAGUAUGGACCAAGACGAGUACGAAUAAGUGAACUGGGCCCAAUAGUACACGGAUAUGGUGAAUCUGUUUCGGAGCGAGCUGAGAGCGAAGCGCGGGUAGUCAACGACCAGCGAUGUAUCGAAGUUCGCAUAGCGCGCACUGCCGGCGGGCUCGGGCUCAGCAUAGCUGGAGGAAGAGGCUCCACACCUUACGUCGGUGACGAUGACGGCAUCUUCAUCUCCCGAGUCACACCGAACGGGCCAGCAUACAAUGCUGGACUAAGAGUCGGCGACAAGGUGCUCUCGGUGAACGGUACGUCUGUCGUAGAAGUGGAUCAUUAUUAUGCAGUGGAAGUACUUAAAGCGAGCGGGCCCACGCUCACACUUGUCGUGACCAGAGAUUCACCCAAUUCGACCAGAACUCACAGCCGAGCACCGAGUGGAGCGAGCCAUCAUUCCAUAUCUAGCACUACCGAUACAGUAUCUACACUGGAAAAUGGACAGGUCCCGACAGGUCGCGGUAUACCCAACAAGCCGCUUAUCAUCAGCAAUCAGUACGCACAGGAGUUUGAGCCCGAGUACAAAGAACAGGUCGUAAACCAGACAGUGCCGACAGUCGUUCCUCCUGUGACGAGUUAUAGUCCGUCUCCUAUGGGACAAGUUACUGCGGAGACGUACCAGCGACUGCAAGCAUCACCUCCGCCCGUCACUGAGCCAUACAUACCACCCGUGUAUCAACAAAAGGUGCUAGUCCAUACGACGUUGAUUCGCGACGGCGCGGGUCUCGGGUUCAGUAUAGCCGGUGGCAAGGGUUCCCCUCCCUACCGAGAUGACAGCGACGCCAUUUACAUCUCCCGGAUUUCUCCGCAAGGUGCUGCCGCUAAGGACGGCAAGAUGAUGGUCGGAGAUAAAGUUGUUUCCAUAAACGGCGUAGAUAUGGAGAGCGCUCCUCACGAAGCAGCCGUAUCCCUUCUCACCGGACACGAGAGAUUUGUUAGGCUCGUUCUACAACGAACGAUAACUACGGAACAAGGCGAGUUCAUCCCGCGGAAGUCGACAUCGGAAGAAGUGAGAGAACAUAAGACCAGCCUGCAGAAUGUGAACAUUAUUCCGACACAGAAACCUAACACAAAUCACGUUAGCGCACCUUUGAACCACACGAGCACACACAGCACACAGAGCACUCGCGUGCCGGGCCCCGCGCCCGCAGGCCCCACGACCCCCACGGCCCACACGGCCCCCAGUCCGUCACCGCAGCCACCACUACAGAAGCAGGCCACAUUUGCACCCACUUCAGUCCCACCGCAACCUGCACCGCGAAAACUGAGUCAACCCAACGGGCAGGCCAAACCGACAACUAACAGUACGAGCACGCCCCUAACUCCCGGCGCCAAUAACGUGCACGGAUCUAACGACGAUGUCUUCGACGAUAUACAGCCAUCGCGGCCGAUUACCAACGAGGAGUUCCAAGCGAUGAUCCCGGCGCACUUCCUGGGCGGCGCGCGGCCGGCCAGCGCCGCGAGCGCGCCCCCCGAGCGCGGCGUGCGGGUGACGGUGGAGCGCGCCCCGCCUGUCGUCCUGCCCCCGCCGCCCGCCGCGCUCGGCCGCGUCACCGAGACCAUCACCAAGUCCACCUUCACCGAGACCACCGUCACCCGCAUCACCGACAACCAACUCGUCGCGCCCCUCAUCAUCGAAGAUGUCAUCUUAGUCAAAGAAGGAGGAUCUCUUGGGUUCAGUAUUAUUGGCGGCACUGACCACUCGUGUGUGCCAUUCGGUGGUAAAGAACCGGGAAUAUUUAUUUCACAUGUGGUACCUGGUGGAGUAGCAGCUCGUUCAGGCAAACUACGUAUGGGUGACCGACUGCUGAAGGUGAACGGCGUAGAGCUCACAGGAGCCACGCACCGCGACGCCGUGCAACUGUUGCUGCAACCCGGCGCCACUCUCACUCUUACUGUACGACACGAUCCCCUGCCCAAUGGAUUCCAGGACCUAACAAUAAUCAAACAAGAAGGUGAGAAGCUAGGAAUGCACAUAAAGGGCGGUUUGAACGGUCAGCGUGGCAACCCUAACGAUCCAAAUGACGAGGGUGUCUUCAUAUCGAAGAUAAACAGCGGUGGAGCCGCGAGGAGAGACGGCAGACUGAAGGUUGGGAUGCGUCUGUUAGAAGUGAACGGCGUAUCAUUGCUGGGCGCGACUCACAACGAAGCGGUGAACGCUCUGCGCUCGGCAACCAACGCGCCUCUACAUCUCGUCGUGUGCUAUGGAUACACUAGGCCGGAGAAGAUCACUACCGGUAGCGAGAGCGGGACAGCGGAUACGGGCGGCUCUCUGUCGCACUCAACGUCAAGCCUGGACAGAGACGAACCGUUGCACCAACAUCAACCGGAGCAACAGUUCCAACAGGACCUUGUUGAGUUUGAACACGAGAAGCAAGUCGCAGAAAUGAGGGAAAAGUCUACACCCGAAAAGGUGUUAGAUAUAGUUCACGCCGUAGAGAGCAUGGCUCUCGAGCCCGCACCUCCGAUAUCUCCAGAACUGCAACACAAGACGACCACCGUCGUCAUGUCCAAACACACACUUCAACCUCAGUCGUCUAGUUCGCAAGCGGCGCCCCCCUCGCCGCUCGCGGUGUUUACGCAGCAGAAGGUUCGGACGCCGCCCCCCUCCGCCCAGCCUCCCCUCGGCCAGCCCGGGUCCCCGGCCGCGCCGGCCAGCCCGGUCAGCCCGGGGCCCGCGCGCCUGCAGCGCCCCACCAGACCACCACCCGCGCCCCCUGCGCCUCCCGCCACUCAAAAGCCUCAAGUGCCUCGCAAACCACAAACGAAGCGAGUUAGUUUCACACAAGAACCGAUGGAUGAACCUGAAUACUUCUUGUCGACAAACGAUACGAAUACGAAUUUCCGACCCUCAUUGCAUGACGUGCAUGAUGACGAACAAUCGGGGCCUAUGACCAUUGACACUAACGAUGCAUGCGAGGGGUUCAGCUCUUUACUAAUCCGAAACCAAACGUCUACCGAACUGGAAGUCUCGAGACCGGUCCCUAAAGCGAGUCGAGUACUUCACGCCGACCUCAUCAUCCCUCCUCCGCCUUUGUUCGACACUUACGUAAGUGAUAGUGAAUUAGUUGACGAUGAAGAUACCGAGGCAAUUCUACCUCCGAUCACUGUUAUUCCUGAGCGGAUUGUGCUGCCGGAACCUGCGGUGGCCGAAACAUCCAUGCAGUCCUCAAAUUCCACAAAUUCUCCCGAAACCGAAGUUCCCCCUCCUGUAAAUUACACCGCAUUUCCACAUUUAGUAUCGGAUCAGGCCGUUAUCGAUACGCCGGUCCGUUCGGUUAUAGUAUCAACAGUGCCUGCAAACCAAGUCUUCCGUACUUCAGAUUUUCCUGUAGCAGAGCCUGAGUUUUAUAAAGAACUUUCUGUCAGUCCUAUUGGAGAACCUGAUCCACCUGCGUUGCUACACGCUCAGUACAAAACUCUUCCUACCGUGUCUCAUGUCCCUAAUUCUCCAUGUAAUUUACAUCCUGAUCAAACCUAUCUUGAUCAAAGACCAAUGUAUGUACCGGUACACCGUUCAUUACGAGACCUGAGAACAGAAAAUAUUUCACCGGGUAUGGUUCAUUCUAACACGUACCCUCCAAUUAAUCCCUACCCGUCUCUAACGACUGUCGCUGGAACGUACAAUCCAUACACUUGCACAAUCCCAGUAUGUUCUUCCAAUCAAAUUGGCAAUACAAGUCAUAAAUCACAGCCCGCUCUAGUCAGUACAUUAGGACAAGACAUAAAUGCGAAUAUCACUUCACCUGUCCCCACUAAUUACGAUGAUGCGCCUAAAAGUGUUCAAUCAGAGAGAAGAGUUCGUUUCGGUGAGGUGACUACAGUGCCCGAAACCGAUAGAAUGUCGAACAGUUCGGAUCCCUUGAGGGAAGGGAGCCCCACGCCCGCAUCCGCCCUGAAACCCGCAUGGAGCAGCAAAAUCAAAUCCUUCGCCAUCGGCGAGGUAAACAUCAAUGCUUCCCCACCUCAUUCUGGUAAUUUUGUGAAAGCCUCGGUCAGCGAUAAGAAGAAGUUCUUCGAAAAUGCUAUGGAAGAAAGUCACAAACCAUCGCCCAAGCCAGAGAAAGUUUUCACAUUCCUAUCAGCGGAUGAGGUGGAGAAAUUGAAGCAAGAAGAGGAAAGGAAGAUGGCCUCUCUGUCGCGAUCAGAGCUCGGCUCGUGGUCCCCAGGGGAGGACCGACAGAGUGGAUAUAGCUCACAUUCCGACGACGAACCUUACGAGAAUGGCCAUAGUGUGUCUGGGGGCGUGAGUCCGUCAGCGAAAUCACAAAGACGGCGCGCGGCCCGCGACGGUGAAGUUGAAGACGCGGCCACGCGCGCUGCAAGGCGAGCCGCGUGGCGCGCCGCACGAUUACGAUCACUCGAACAGGAGGCCCUCGAAUCACAGAAAGUAAUAAAAAGCAUGGUGGGGCCAGCGAAUGAUAUCCUAGAAGAUCCACCGCGGGAAAACUCGUCUAAUGAGACGAUACCUGGAUUCUAGACACGGCAAGCUUCGACGAAAAUAAUGGUGGAAACGACGCAAGAAAAGAUUAUUUCUCUGGAAUUAACAACUAGCCCGAGUAGUGAAACAGCUCCUACCGACCUUGAAGAGGCUGGUAUUAGCUUAGGAGAGGCGGAAAUGGAAGGCGGAGAUAAUUCGCUGCAGCCGGACAUCGUCCAGGUGGUGAACCCCUUACUGGACGGCGGCGCGGGCCGCGUCACCGCCAUCCCCGUGGGGCCCACCCAUCGCGUCACCGCCUACACAGAACAACCUCAGUAGACCACACUCACUCUAGAUCUCUAUCCUACCACGCCUCAAUCUCCGCUCCCUUACCUACCUGAAGAAACUAUCCCAUGACAACAUAUCGGCUAGAUCCACACCUCUAAUAGACACGACUCGACCCCCGUCGAGCAUCGAACUCGAUUGUAGAUUUCUUCAACGAAACGAACGUUUGUGAAACGAGUUUCCAUCUUAAUUUUGUAUUGUAACUGUGAUAAUAAAUUUAGAUUCCACCGACUUGUUAUGUUACUUAAAGGCGCUUGAAGAAAUCCACUAGCGAGAUACGUUUUGUGGCAUUUUUAUCACAAUUUUUAUUUUUUUAUUUUAAUUUUGCGACGGAGAUUUUAGAAUAAUUAUAGGUGUUACUAUAUAUUUUUUGGAAAUAUUAAUAGUUAUUAUUCUUUGGAUACUUUACGUAUUUAAUUUUAAAUGAUUUUCAUUCCGUGCAAGUUUUUUGACUGAAUGUUGAUGCUGUACCUGCUGAGGAAUGUGACUGGUUGACCGAUCAGACUGUGAAUGUAGGCGAGUGUAAGAUGAUAUUAAACGUGUACAUACCAUCAACAACACGCAAUGGAAUGCGACGCAAGUGUACACAGUGGCAUCACAUUUGGCGAUAUAACAUAAUUAUAUCACCCUGUACUUGCAUUAAUACUAUUUUAUUUGCGCAUUGUUGUUUCAUUCAGUAUUUUGUGUUUAUGCUGUAUUAAUAUUUUAAUUUAAUGUAAUAUUAUAAUAAUUUAAUUAUUUUAUGUGGUGCCUUGAUUUAAUUGAAUCAAUUUUAUAUAAUUAUAUGAUUUUAUCUUUCAGACUUCAUAAUGUUUUAAUUUUAUUAUUAUUGUAAUUUUGUUUUUGAAAUUUUACAUUAAGUUAGAAUACAAUGGUUUUGUCCUACAGAACGUGAUGAACGCAUUUGCAUCAGUUUGACCGUAGAGUUUAUAUUAAGUUAGUAUUGCUGUAAAUGUUCCCAUGUUAUUACAAAGUGUACAUUUCCGGCUGUAUGAAAUGUAUUAUUUGAGUUUAUAUUAUGAAGAAAAUUAUGUGUCACGGUAAAUAAAAUGGAAGAGUUGAAUGGAAGAAUGCGUGUCCUUUAUACCUUUCUAGUGAUAUGUGCAUUGUAAACUAUUGAAAACAUUGUAUGUUUGUCCCAAUUAAAUGUUUUAAUAUAUAUUUUAAUAAAAUUA